GUUGUUGAGGUGGUGACAGCAGCACACGAUAGUGAGGUGGGUGAAAAUGUCAGGAGACGUCAUUGGUGCAGUGUGGUGUUUAUAUUAUACACGUCAUCAGCAUAGCACUUUUCUUGCAGCAAAACAAGGGGGUUGGCAACAAUCGCUCCAUUUUACAGAAAGGGGAACUGAGGCUGAGAAGCAGAAACUUGGCUCAGAGCCCUUGAUUGAGUGGGAAUUUGUACCUAGGUUCAAACUGAGCUCUCUGCCACGCUGAGUGAACUAUGCUGCCCCAUUACAUAAAAAUGGGUUGUGCUGGCUUAUGGAUAGGAUGCUGUAGCUGGGUGAAAAACUAUUCUGAGAAAGUGGUGUAACUUUUACCAAGCCGGGGCUACGGGAUUCCAAAUCCUGCGGCUUCUUUGCUGCUAGGCCAGGGAAGGGUUAAAGUGCUGCAGAAUUCCAGGCUCCAAUCACAGGCACGGGGCUCAGCUAGCUUGGUCUGAGCAUCCCCAUCCUCAAGCUGCCUUGGAAUGGGAGCCAGAUGCCCAAGGUGAACUUGCACGGGCUGCAGGGAAUAGGUGCACUGCAGGGCUUGGGUACCAGCUGUGGAGCCAUGCAGCAUCUGGGGAUCAAGCCGUUUUGGUGGGGGCAUCUGAUCACCUGCAUUCGCUGAGGGUGAAGCAUGAGAAGCUCGGACGACGCUGGACACUGAGCUGCACCCCUCGUGUCGGUGAUGGCUGUUGUGUGGCAUUUCCUCGCCUGGAGCCUGCUCCUGCCAGCACUGCACCUGGCCUUCCGCCUCCCCAGCCUGGACAGCCCCGCCUGGGACCCUCCUUCUAGUCCUGCCCCAGAGCUGCCUCGACUGAACGGCCCCUCCCGAGAGCUUCUCCCAAGCACACCACCAGCCGUGCCCCGUUCAGAGCUCAACUCCAGUGGGCUCCAGGGGCCCAGUGAUGAGCAUUGGAAAGAGGCCAGCCCCAAUCUCCAUCCUGGCACUCCAAUACCCACAAAGCCCUUUGUCUUUCCUGCAGUGACUGGUUCUGGCUUGGGAAGCCCCACUAGUGCUCCUGGAGGAAGCUUAGCUCCCCACCUAGCUGUGCAGGGCCUGCCUCUGGCAGGUGACUUCAUGCUGCCCACAGUGGGCCCGUCCAGGCUUCAAACAGGGACUGAGGAUAUUGGCCAUGUAACUUCGGAACCUAGUCCAGAGCAGAGGAAGAAGGAGCUCUCUCUUCCUCUGCCUGGCACUGAGUCUGCACGGAUGGCCACCCCCGUGACAGCCUCCUUGCCUGCCUCACCCAGGGCACACGCCUCAGAACUGCCUGCCUCCCAGGAGGAGGCCACGCAGAGUCACCACCCAGCAGGUCCCAAUGACACCUCCGUGGCAACCACGUUAAACCCCAGGCCCACUGUGUCCACCAUCCCCUUGGUGACGUCGUCUGCUGAUAGGUUCCCUGUCCAGUGGCUGGCAACCGAGGGCACCGCUCUUAGGGGCGAGAGUUCCAUGGGGCAGUUGGGAAGCAGGGGGCCCGAGCAGGAGCUUCUGGCCAGGAAUCAGACCACCGUCAAAUAUUUGGCUUCGUACCGGAGCACACAGGUCUACGGUGGUUCGCAGGCUCAAGAGGAACUCUCUACCUCUCCUUUUAGACCCACGCAGGCAGCUAGAAAUACCCAGAAUCCACUUGGACCAUGGAGCGACACUGUGCCCGGGGCUUCCACCUCCCAGGUGCCACAAUUAACCUUUACAGCUAUCCCACCAGAUGGAAAAGGCCCUAGGCUUAGACCUGCCGCAGCCGGCUCCCAUCAGCCACCCCUAGAGGGGCUCUUCCCGAGCCAUUCCACCCCUCCACCACCAGAGGGUCUGGCAGGGACCCCCCUGGGGCCUGUUGCCCGUGAAAGAAGCACCCACUGGAGCCUGAGCGUUGAGACAACACCGCGGCCAGGAGCGGGGGAAGUGGCUGGAACGGAAAGGACUCACUUCCACGGCAACUCUGCCACCCCAGGCCUUGUUGUACCGGUUGAUGUUGCAGAGCCACAGCGUGUCAGGGGGGCCGUGAUCCCCAGGAUCCCUACUACUUACGUCGGCUCCUCUACUCCUGGACAGGGCACCUCUGUGGUGGGGAACGGCCCAGGAACCAAGUCUCCAGACGCAGCUGGGACCCGUCCACCCAGGCAAAGUAGCACCCUGGUCCCCACCACAUCUGAACGCCUCCUGGCUACUCCUCGCCGUGGCCUGAUCCGGGUCACCACGCAGAGAGCCCUGCAGCACCCUCAGUUGGCCCGGCCGCAGCCCAGCCUGUCUGCCGCACCGCCGGCCUCCAGCCCAGCCUGCCCACGCCUCGGCAGUGCCUGCAGCCAGCUGCUGCCCAACCAAACCUUGCUGCGCUGGGGGGACCUGGCGCACACGCUGAGCUUCGCCUGGGCGCUGCACGUCUACGGCUCCGGCCUGCUCUUCCUGCUCCUGAGCCUGCUGAGCCUGGUCUGCAUCGGGGGGUCCUUUGCCCUGCGCGUGCCACACCUCCCACAUGUCAUGGUCGCUAGCACCCUGCUGCUGGUCUUCGGGAUCCUGCGCGCCACCUUCUUCCUGGCCGACCCCUAUGGCUCCCGAGACCGGCUUCCCUCCCAGGCCGUGCGAGUGCUGUACACGGCGCCCUUCCCGCUCCUGCUGAGCACGUUCGGGGUGCUCCUUCUGCGCCUUCUCCGCCAGGCCCGCCUGCAGGUCCUGCCUCUGAGGUGGCGGAGCCUGCCGCUGUGGGCCGUGCUGGGCUCCGUGCAGAGCGCCGUCCUCCUGGCGGCCGACUUGUUCUCCCCUCCGCUGCAUCCAGCCGUGCCGGUGGGGCUGCACACGUUCUCCUGCGCCUCCGGCGUUGCCCUCUUGCCAGCCACCAUCUUUCUGUACUGGCAGCUGCGGUGCGGCCUCACAGCCGAGGGCAGCCCAGAGCCGGGCGUGUGGAGCAGCGUGUGGGUGCUGAUGGCGAGCGGUGGGUUGGUGCUGCCCUGCUGCGGGCUGCAGUUCUACGGGGUGCUGUGGUUGACGGGGCUCCUGGGCCAGGUGGACCUUUUCACCUGGGGCUGGUGGUUUGUGCAGUUCUGGUUCCGGAUCGGCGAGCUGAUGCUCGCCUUCGCCCUGCUCUUCCUCGCUUGGCAGGCCCUGUGCCAGCGCUACGGAUCCAGGGAACACUCCUGCUGGGCCAAACUCAUGCGCUACUUCUGCACCUACCGCAAAGCUGAGGUGCCGGAGUACCCCAACAACUGUUACGAUUGGACGGGCGGCGUCCUGGAGAAAGUGCCCAACAAUGACAUCAGUAAGAACCUGAUCCGAAAUCCCCCCACCAGCGGGCGUCUCUGGGCCCUCAAGGACAGCAAUGAAUUGCGGGCAGCCGCUGGCCAAGGUCCCAGCCCGUCCCCCGCGCGCCCGGUCUACAGCCCCAAGUGCCCCAACGCGGCAGCCGCUGCCAUGGGCCGCUCCUACACCAGCAUCUGCUUUGAGCGGGAUUCAAUCCUCUCCCUGGCCGAGCUGGAGUUCCGGCCGCCCUCACCCAUCAACUUGAGCCGCAGCAUCGACGAGGCGCUCUUCCGCGAGCACUUGGUGCGCGACUCCAUUUUCCUGCGCUCCAGCCUCCACUUCCCCUCCCGCUUGGCGCGCCAGGACUCCUGCUCUUCGCUGCGCGGAGACUGUUCGACCCUCUCCCACACGGCCCAGCCCCUGCUUGCCCGACCACGGCGCAGCAGUGACCCGGACUGCCUGUACAGCUUAGCGCGGGCCAGCUCAAUGGGGGAGCUGACCACACAGAGCCGGGGCCUGGGCAGCGAGCCCCCAACGGACACCUCCUUCGACAGCUUCUCCCGCACCUCCUUCUCCCGCGCCUCCCUCAAGAUCAGCUGGAACCCUUGGCGCCACGGCCUGUCCUCGCCUGAGAGCCUGCCCCCGGAGGAGCUCCCCUGCCAGGCCCAGCUGCUGCCGGAUGGGCUCCCUCCAGCCCCAUCCAGCAGCGCCCCAAACUCUGAGCGUGAGGCCCGGAAGAGUUUCUUGGCCCUCAGCAAGCAGGUGGACUCCCGCAGCCUCUCAAGUGACACCAUUGAGUUGUGAGACUGGGCAUCCUAUCUGCGUCCCCACCUCCUUGGUCAUUGGCUGAGUGGAAGGAGCGGGAGAAGAAGACUUCAGUGGAGCUGCUAUGUUUCAAAGAGUGGGGCCAGGAGGAGUCCAAUCCCCCCCCCCAUUCAAAGCCAUGGGGUUUCUUCUGCCCUAAUCAGGCCUAGUACCAACCAUUCAUGCAAUGGCUGGGUUUCUCCUCUAGUGUCAACCACAUAAUACCUAGUACCAGCCAUCCACACCUGUCAGCCACAUACCAAGCACUAGCCAGCCACCUAGUCCACAAAGUUCUGUAGUGCCAGCGACUGGCAGAUACCUGGAUGCUGUGUGGGGAGGGCAGGGCUGGGACAAUGGUCAAGUCUCUGACCCAAAGAGGCCCAGACUGCAGUUUGCUGUUGCUGGUGCCCAUAUCGUGCCAUGGAACGAUGCACUUAGAGAUGAGGCUGAGAAGGGGGAGGGUGACAGUAGCCAGGGACUGUUCCUGUGAUGGGCUCCCAGCACAGCGGUAGCCCCGGAAUCGGGAGUGG